CGUCAAAAUAAUUUUUUGUGCCACAGAAGAUCGGAGGAGAAUGUUUUGAAAAUGAAUUUGUUGACUAAUAUGUGAUUAAAGAUUGCAUUAAAUCGUGAAAGUAUUUUGUAUGGACGCCAAGAAUAUAUAAUCAGAUCAAUAUGAAGGCUGUUGUGGCUACAGUUAUAAGUCUAGUACUUACUACAGUCGUAAUCGGCAAUGCCUAUUACCAGAAAAAACAAUUUUAUCCCUCGGUAGUUUAUCUUACUAACUCAAACCCUAGCAUGGCUGUAAUGUACUUGCAAGCUUUUAUCUUAGUCCUACUGGUUGGUAAAAUUCUGAGGAAAAUAUUCUUUGGUCAACUACGUCCCACAGAAUUUGAGCACUUGAUAGAGAGAUCUUGGUAUGCUAUAACUGAGACAUGUCUGGCCUUCACAGUAUUCAGAGAUGAUUUCAAUCCUAAAUUUAUAGCAUUGUUCACACUUUUGCUGUUUUUAAAAGCAUUUCACUGGCUCGCUGAAGAUAGGGUUGAUUAUAUGGAAAGAAGUCCUGUGAUAGGGGUGCUGUUCCAUGUGAGAAUCCUAAGUCUGCUGAUGCUCCUGGCUCAAGCUGAUCUGUUCUUCAUCCACCAUGCCUACUUAUUUACGGCCACCAAAGGGCCUUCAGUACAGCUAGUGUUUGGAUUUGAAUACAGCAUUCUGGUUAUAAUGAUAGCGAAUAUUGUCAUAAAGUAUCUUCUGCACGCUAUUGACUCUCGAUGGGAAGCACCAUGGGAGAGCAAGGCAGCCGUCUUGCUGUACACCGAUCUGGCUAUAAACUUCCUGAAGGUGAUGCUGUAUGUUGGUUUCGUGGCCGUUAUGGUGAGGAUCUACACCCUACCUCUGUUUGCGUUCCGGCCUAUGUAUGAAACGAUGAGGAGUUUCAAGAAGGCGUACAACGAUGUGGUGCUGUCCCGCCGGGCGAUACACCACAUGAACACGCUCUACCCCGACGCCACGCCCGAGGAACUCGCCGCUGCAGACAACGAGUGCAUCAUCUGCCGCGAGGAAAUGCAUACAGGUGCAAAGAAGCUGCCUUGCAACCACAUCUUCCACGCGGCGUGCCUGCGCCUGUGGUUCCAGCGGCAGCAGACGUGCCCCACUUGCCGGCUGAACGUGCUGCGUGCGCCCGAGACCCCGCCCCCCGCGCCCGCCGCCCCGCCCGCCGCCGCGCCCCCUCCGCCGCCUCCCGCUCAACCCGCGCCGCCGCCCUUCCCUACUAUGCCGCCACCACCAAUGAUGGCAUGGGGCAUGCCGCCGCCGCCACCCCCACGCCCCGCGAACCUCGCCACCCUUACCACGGAGGAGCUGCAGCGUAUGGAAGGAACCGAACGCAGGAAUAUCGAAGCACGACUUAAGCUACUACACGAGAUUCAGGCUAUGAUGGAUGCAUCGGUGCUGCUGAUGCAGCAGUACUCCACUGUGGUCGCCAAUCUGCCGCUCAACCGCGCCAACGUCGCCACGCAGACUGACAUCUUCCGCACGGAGCCGUCGCCUGUCCACAUGCCAUCGACGUCGCAAGUGAACGGUACUAGCGCCGCGUCCGAGCCAGGACCCUCCACCAGCAAGGAAAAAGAUCCUAUGCAUAAAAUGACUGACACUACGGAUUUAGGUUCUAAUAGGGAUAAUUCUAAUAGCGAAGCUGAGGAGUUAAGGAGAAGACGACUUCAAAAAUUUCAAGCGGAAAAUAAUUAAAAGAACUUUUACUAUAUUAUGUGUACAAAGUGUUUUACAAACCAUGCAUAUUCUAUCCUAAAGUUAAUGUAUUUAUGUUCUUGUAAAUAUAAAUCUAAACACGUGAA